AUGGGCGACCCGUACAACUCCGGUCACGACCAAGGCUACCUCCAUGCAACCGGUGACGGAAACCUCAGCAACAUGAUCAACUCCAAUGGGUACGACCCAUUUCAACAGCAAGCGCUCAUCAAUCGAAACACCCAUUCGUCGACGACAUAUUCUUACCAUGAUUCGACCAACUAUCAGUUGUCUCCCCAGGCCGCACAAUAUUCACCUAGGCAGCAUCAGGCUAAGACUCACCCUUGCGACGCACAGCUAACCCCACACACCCGCGGUACCCUCCCCUACCAGUCAGAAACAAUGUCUCGCGAUCCGUCACAUACUUCGUAUCGUUCCUCGAUGUCUUCCGGUCAACAGUAUGGAAGUCCGCACUUCGAACAGCGCAACUCGGCCCCAGGCAUCUGGUCCUCAAACAGACUCGACAUGCAACGCUCAAGAUCUAUGUACUCUGACGCCUCGACGUUGCACAGUCAGCCAAUCAAUCCUCAUCUCGAUGCACCUGAAGCGUAUCAGCAGUACGUCGACUCUUACGAUCCAGAGCCAAUAUACGCACUAGCGACGAACUUUCUAACCACGACACGGCGCCAUUCACCAAACAUGCAUCUAGAUGAGUCGGUCAUCGACUUUUUCUCCAACACAACGGACGUGAACUUAUCGGAUUUUGGAAUGGGAGAUAUUGGUCGCAAUGCCGGGUAA